GGGAGCAAGGCCGGGGCAAAAGGGAGGGGGACAACGGGAGGGGGGCGGCGGGGCACAGAGGAAAAGGCGGAAAGCCCGAACCCAAGGAACACGGCCAGGAGAGCGCCGCAGGGCGAGGGCACGGGCCAGCGAGGGGCGGGGCGGGAGAGAAAGGGCGGAAAAAAACAGCAAGGGGACGAGCGGACCGGGCAAAAGCCAGGGGACCAAGGCCAAGGCAAAGGCGAGGGGGACAACGAGAGAGGGGCGGCGGGGCACAGGAAAAGGCCGAAAGCCCGAACCAAGGAAGAGGGCCAGGAGAGGGCCGCAGGGCGGGGCAGGGGGGCACCGGCGAGGGGGCGGGCGCGAGGGAAAGGGCGGGAAGAAACAGCAGAGGCACGAGGCGACCAGGCAAAAACCAGGGGAGCAAGGCCGGGGCAAAGGGGAGGGGGGACAACGGGAGGGGGGCGGCGGGGCACAGGAGAAGGCGGAAAGCCCGAACCCAAGGAACACGGCCAGGAGAGCGCCGCAGGGCGAGGGCACGGGCCAGCGAGGGCGGGGGCGGGAGAGAAAGGGCGGAAAAAAACAGCAAGGGGACGAGCGGACCGGGCAAAAAGCCAGGGGACCAAGGCCAAGGCAAAGGCGAGGGGGGACAACGAGAGAGGGGCGGCGGGGCACAGGAAAAGGCCGAAAGCCCGAACCCAAGGAAGAGGGCCAGGAGAGGGCCGCAGGGCGGGGCAGGGGGGCACCGGCGAGGGGGGCGGGCGCGAGGGAAAGGGCGGGAAGAAAACAGCAGAGGCACGAGCCGACCAGGCAAAAACCAGGGGAGCAAGGCCGGGGCAAAGGGGAGGGGGACAACGGGAGGGGGGCGGCGGGCACAGGAGAAGGCGGAAAGCCCGAACCCAAGGAACACGGCCAGGAGAGCGCCGCAGGGCGAGGGCACGGGCCAGCGAGGGGCGGGGGGGGAGAGAAAGGGCGGAAAAAAACAGCAAGGGGACGAGCGGACCGGGCAAAAAACCCAGGGGACCAAGGCCAAGGCAAAGGCGAGGGGGACAACGAGAGAGGGGCGGCGGGGCACAGGAAAAGGCCGAAAGCCCGAACCCAAGGAAGAGGGCCAGGAGAGGGCCGCAGGCGCGGGGCAGGGGGGCACCGGCGAGGGGGCGGGCGCGAGGGAAAGGGCGGGAAGAAAACAGCAGAGGCACGAGCCGACCAGGCAAAAACCAGGGGAGCAAGGCCGGGGCAAAGGGGAGGGGGACAACGGGAGGGGGGGCGGGGCACAGGAGAAAGGCGGAAAGCCCGAACCCAAGGAACACGGCCAGGAGAGCGCCGCAGGGCGAGGGCACGGGCCAGCGAGGGGCGGGGGCGGGAGAGAAAGGGCGGAAAAAACAGCAAGGGACGAGCGGACCGGGCAAAAGCCAGGGGACCAAGGCCAAGGCAAAGGCGAGGGGGGACAACGAGAGAGGGGCGGCGGGGCACAGGAAAAGGCCGAAAGCCCGAACCCAAGGAAGAGGGCCAGGAGAGGGCCGCAGGGCGGGGGCAGGGGGGCACCGGCGAGGGGGCGGGCGCGAGGGAAAGGGCGGGAAGAAACAGCAGAGGCACGAGCCGACCAGGCAAAAACCAGGGGAGCAAGGCCGGGGCAAAGGGAGGGGGACAACGGGAGGGGGCGGCGGGGCACAGGAGAAGGCGGAAAGCCCGAACCCAAGGAACACGGCCAGGAGAGCGCCGCAGGGCGAGGGCACGGGCCAGCGAGGGGCGGGGGCGGGAGAGAAAGGGCGGAAAAAACAGCAAGGGGACGAGCGGACCGGGCAAAAGCCAGGGGACCAAGGCCAAGGCAAAGGCGAGGGGGGACAACGAGAGAGGGGCGCGGGGCACAGGAAAAGGCCGAAAGCCCGAACCCAAGGAAGAGGGCCAGGAGAGGGCCGCAGGGCGGGGGGGGGGGCACCGGCGAGGGGGCGGGCGCGAGGGAAAGGGCGGGAAGAAACAGCAGAGGCACGAGCCGACCAGGCAAAAACCAGGGGAGCAAGGCCGGGGCAAAGGGGAGGGGGGACAACGGGAGGGGGCGGCGGGGCACAGGAGAAGGCGGAAAGCCCGAACCCAAGGAACACGGCCAGGAGAGCGCCGCAGGGCGAGGGCACGGGCCAGCGAGGGGCGGGGGCGGGAGAGAAAGGGCGGAAAAAAACAGCAAGGGGACGAGCGGACCGGGCAAAAGCCAGGGACCAAGGCCAAGGCAAAGGCGAGGGGGACAACGAGAGAGGGGCGGCGGGGCACAGGAAAAAGGCCGAAAGCCCGAACCCAAGGAAGAGGGCCAGGAGAGGGCCGCAGGGCGGGGCAGGGGGGCACCGGCGAGGGGGCGGGCGCGAGGGAAAGGGCGGGAAGAAACAGCAGAGGCACGAGCCGACCAGGCAAAAACCAGGGGAGCAAGGCCGGGGCAAAGGGGAGGGGGACAACGGGAGGGGGCGGCGGGGCACAGGAGAAGGCGGAAAGCCCGAACCCAAGGAACACGGCCAGGAGAGCGCCGCAGGGCGAGGGCACGGGCCAGCGAGGGGCGGGGGCGGGAGAGAAAGGGCGGAAAAAAACAGCAAGGGGACGAGCGGACCGGGCAAAAGCCAGGGGACCAAGGCCAAGGCAAAGGCGAGGGGGGACAACGAGAGAGGGGCGGGGGGCACAGGAAAAGGCCGAAAGCCCGAACCCAAGGAAGAGGGCCAGGAGAGGGCCGCAGGGCGGGGGCAGGGGGCACCGGCGAGGGGGCGGGCGCGAGGGAAAGGGCGGGAAGAAACAGCAGAGGCACGAGCCGACCAGGCAAAAACCAGGGAGCAAGGCCGGGGCAAAGGGGAGGGGGGACAACGGGAGGGGGCGGCGGGGCACAGGAGAAGGCGGAAAGCCCGAACCCAAGGAACACGGCCAGGAGAGCGCCGCAGGGCGAGGGCACGGGCCAGCGAGGGGCGGGGGCGGGAGAGAAAGGGCGGAAAAAAACAGCAAGGGGACGAGCGGACCGGGCAAAAGCCAGGGGACCAAGGCCAAGGCAAAGGCGAGGGGGACAACGAGAGAGGGGCGGCGGGGCACAGGAAAAGGCCGAAAGCCCGAACCCAAGGAAGAGGGCCAGGAGAGGGCCGCAGGGCGGGGGCAGGGGGGGCACCGGCGAGGGGGCGGGCGCGAGGGAAAGGGCGGGAAGAAACAGCAGAGGCAACGAGCCGACCAGGCAAAAACCAGGGGAGCAAGGCCGGGGCAAAGGGGAGGGGGACAACGGGAGGGGGCGGCGGGGCACAGGAGAAGGCGGAAAGCCCGAACCCAAGGAACACGGCCAGGAGAGCGCCGCAGGGCGAGGGCACGGGCCAGCGAGGGGCGGGGCGGGAGAGAAAGGGCGGAAAAAAAACAGCAAGGGGACGAGCGGACCGGGCAAAAGCCAGGGGACCAAGGCCAAG